GUGAAUUAUGGACUGUUGAAGUUACUGCACUUGGAUAAAAUUAUAACUAGAAGAAUAAAAUAUAAUAGCUUAUAAUUUUUUGACAAUUUUGGUCUCACUAUGGGAAAAAGAGUGGAUGCAGUACGAAGGAAAUAUAAUACUGUUAAAAUGGAAGAGGUAUUUCAGGAUCUGAAUCGUCAGUUCAUAAGACUGAAAGACAGAGAUAAAAAGUGCAACAAUCUUAUAUUACAUUCAGUGUUAGAGGAUAUUAUAAGUAGAAUGCGUGCUUGUGAUAACUUAUUUGACAGUAUGAAUCCAAGACUUGACUAUUUGGGUAGUUAUUAUGAUGGUCUGCGUGUGGGGGAACCUAAUGAAUAUGACAUAAAUGUUAUAUUGAGAAUUCCGAUUGAUGAGAAUAAAAUAAUUUUGGAUGCAAGAGAAUCGGAAUGUGGCCAUACUUGUGUCAGAUUGCCCUCAGAGUUUAGACGGUUGGCUAAAUCUCCGGUUACAGCAAGUAAAGGUUUUGAAAAGACUAUAAUGUGGUGCAAUGCCAAAUAUCGUUUUUCCGUAACGAAAUUUCGUUCAUGGAUUCAAAGUGUUGUUGAUACAACUAUAAAUACUUUGCCCGUGAAAGAUGGAAAACGAUUUAUAAAAUUAAAUAAUAGUUGUUACUUUAUUGAAUCAAAGCGAUCUGGACCAGCCAAUACUAUUAAUAUUAUAAAAUGCAAUAAUACAGUUAUUGAUGUUGACUUAGUACCAACUUUUGCAUUUACAUUACCAAAGAAACCAGUCAACUCAUCAGUUUUGUUCACUAAAGUCAGUGCUACCAAUAUACAACAAUAUUUUGUUGUACCAAAACCAACGCAGAAUGAUUUCAGUUGGCGUUUAACAUUUCCAAUUCAAGAGCGACAUCUAAUUCGAGGUAAAAACAAUUUAAAAAGCACAGUGAGAAUCAUUAAACAUUUACGUGAUGUUCAGGGUUUUAAAAAACUGUCUAGUUACUAUAUAAAAACUUUAUUUCUGUGGGAAAUUGUACCAGAAAAUGAAAUGAUGUGGAAAAAUAAAUCAUUGUCGUUUUUGGUAAUCUAUAUGUUGAAAAAGCUUCGAGAUUGUCUUAUAAAAGGUGAGAUAAAAAAUUACUGGUGCCCUGAACACAAUCUUAUUGAGAAAAUUAAAAAGAAUACUUGCCAAAAUUGGGGAAAUAGAUUAAAUGUAAUAGUAAAUGCUUUAGAAAAAAGAGGAAAAUGCAAUGCUAGCAUAGUUCUGGAGUAUUUCACUAAGAAUAUUAAAAAUUCUGCAGUACAACUGGUUCAUGAUAAACAUAACCUGACCAAGAAAAUAGAAAAUAUCCCAACAUGAAGUCCCAGACUACUUUGUAUAUUAGUAAAGAGGCCUGACAUGGCAUUAAAAAUGCACUGGAAUAAAUCAAUGUUUUAUUGUAAACUUGCUUUUGCUUCUUGAUCUAACUUUUAUUCAAGUGAUUAUAAGUUUAAACACCUGUUUAUCAGAAUGAAAUUUUCUGGUCUAACGAUCACAUAUAUGCCUUUUAUUUAAUUUUAUUUAAGUGUUUAUAUUGCAAUCUAUUUGGUAUUAAACAUGAAUGUCUGAUUGUUUUGCUUA